AUGUCCGCUCUAGCUUCAAUGCGCACCUUGCGGCCAAUCUUCUCAGAUCACCAGAAUAUCCGCGGACCCUUCUUCCUUUGUUUAACCGAUCUUCACCAAAGUAAUACCCUCGUGGAUCAGCACUGGAAUAUUCAGUACAUUAUCGAUCUCGAAUUGGUGGCUGUUCUUCCUCCUUCUUUCCUUCAGCCCCCGUAUUGGCUCACUAACGAAGCUGUUGAUCCGAUUACCCCUGAGUCCUACCAGAAGCAACACGAAGAGUUCCUAAAGCCAUUCGAAGGAGAUGAGCGAGCGUUGAAGACGGAGCGGAACCCUCUACCCAAGUCGACGGUGAUGCAUCGCGCCCAAUCCAUUCGCUGA